CCAGUUGUGUUUUGAAUGCUUGUAUGCAUUGUACGUAAUGUACUGCAUCAAUUAUCAAUUACUUAUAAAAUUUCACCGUCAUAAAUUCCGAAUACGCGUGUGAAUCGUGAGAAGCGGAUUUCGUUUACCUAAAUUAAUUGUUGUAACGGGCUAUGGUGAUCUUAAGAGCUGAUGCUCCUUUCACUGCCUGAUUAGUACAAGUAAAUUAAUCAAGCGAACCGGCUUCAUCGUGUCGACGCUACUUUAGCGAUCAGUAGCUGAUCACCGCAUUUACGUCUAACCAUAAGUUCUUCCUUUCGCAUUGAUUUUCCUUUGCCGGCCGAAUCGACAUCAACAAUGGCUUUCAUGGCGGAUAGCUCGUGGCUAUGUGUGAAGAUCGUUCGCCUGAUACAAACCGUGGCGUGGUUGUUAACCUACGUUCUGGAGAAAGGUCUGGUUAUGUAUGGGAAGCAGAUUUAUGAGAAACGCCGGAAAAAUGUAUCGGAGAGUGAUGGAAUCAUUCAUCGUCGGCGCACCAUUACGAAUGCCGGUGAGAAACUGCGUAUGGUCUUCCCGGAAACUUUAUACGAUGUAAUGCUGUUUGGGAAACAGUUAUCAGAUAACGGUCCAUGUGUUGGUUAUCGGCCGAGUAAGGAUGCUGCGUACGUCUACCUGAGCUAUGAGCAGUUACUAAAACGCUCACGUGACUUUGGUGCCGGAUUGUUGACACUCGGUGGCCAUGUGGGUUCCGGUUCCCUGGUGGGGCUGUUUGCCAAGAACUGCGUGGAAUGGACGAUGGUGGAGUAUGGCUGCCUGGCGUACGGGAUGGUCACAGCGCCGUUGUAUGAUUCGCUGGGCAGUGAAUCCUGCUUCCAGGUCACCGAAUUUUAUGAGAUUCAGGUCAUGGUCUGUGGUGGCGAUUCCCAUAUUAAAACACUGACGGGCAACGGUCAACUGCCGGCUUCACUGCGCACCAUUAUCACCAUCGAUCCGCUACCGGAAGAUCGUGUCGUGGAAAUCGAAAGUCUUGGGGUCAAAGUUCUGACUGUAGCGGCGGUUGAGGAAAUGGGGCGUGCGAAUCCACGUCCGGUCAGCCCAUCGAAGCCCGAUGAUUUGGCUACGUUGAUUUUCACCAGCGGGACCACCGGAAUGGCCAAAGGCGUGAUGCUCACACACCGGGAGUUUGUGGCCUGCUUGAAAUCGUUGAUGACCACUUUCAUGCCGAUUCGGUUCAGUCCGGACGACACCGCUCUAGGUUUUCUUCCGCUUCCGCAUAUAUUUGAGCGCAUUGUAGAAAAGAUUAUCCACUUGCACGGCGGUAAAGUGGGUUACCUGAGUGGCGAUAUCACCAGCUUGUUCAAAGAUGCCAAAGACGUCCAGCCGACCUUCUUCCCCUUCGCCCCGCGCCUAAUGUGCCGCAUCCACGACCAGAUCGAGACCGAUAUCAACCGGUCAGCAUGGCGUUAUUUCGUGGCUAAAAUAGCGUUAGCGUUCAAGAAACUCGAGAUGCAGAGUGGUGUUUUCCGCAAUAAUUCUGUUUGGGAUUGGCUGCUUUUUAAACGUUACCAAGCCAUGCUGGGAGGGAAGAUCAGAGUGGGCCUCACGGGAUCGGCUGCCACGGACGGGGAAGUGCUGAACUUUACACGCGCUGUCUUUGGAUGCUACAUUUUUGAAGCCUACGGCCAGUCGGAAGCCUGUGGCCCGAUCACGUGCACUCCAUACGGCGAAGUGUCCGCUGACCAUGUCGGUGUACCGUUCUUCAAUGUGGAAGUGAAAUUAGUGGAUGUGCCGGAAAUGGGCUACUAUGCUUCGGAUGGAAAAGGCGAAAUCUGCUCACGCUCCCCAUGCAACAUGCAUGGCUACUUUAAAAUGCCGGAGAAAACCGCGGAAACCAUCGACAAAGACGGAUGGCUCCAUACCGGUGACAUUGGAAUGUGGCUGCCGAAUGGUAAUCUCAAGAUCUUCGACCGGAAAAAGCACGUCUUCAAGUUGAGUCAGGGCGAGUACUUGGCGCCGGAACGUCUGGAAAGCGCAUUCAACCGUUCGAGUCUCAUCACGAACAUCUUUAUCGAUGGAGACAGCAAGUAUCCCUUCUGUGUGGCGCUGGUGUACCCGAAUUACGAUGCUCUGGGUGGUCCGAAAGAUAAUCCAACACCGGAAGCUGUAAAGCAGGUUAUCAUGGAUGAACUGAUACGCAUCGGCAAUGAGUCAAAAUUCAAAUCCUACGAGAUUCCCAAGAAGAUCUUCAUCCUGGACGAAGCGUUUUCGGUGGAGAACGGGUGCGUCACGCCCUCACAGAAGACGCAGCGGGAUGGUGUCCGAACGCGAUACCGGAAUUUAAUUGUUGGUUUGUAUAAAGAAACGGAUCGAGGAAAAACGGGAUUAAGUGGACGACAAUAUAGUUAAUAAUUGUGACGGUUUUGUUGUGUGUCCAGCUAGACCUAGUAGCUAGUAUUAAACUGGAGAUUUGUUGGUGAUAUGUAUAUAUCAUGCAUUUAAUGAAAAAACGCAGCAUUGCUUUACGAUAAUUUGUGGGACUGUGACGUAUACCGUUUGAACUUUAACGUUAAAUCCUUCUGAAAUUGUUUUGACGCAUUAUGCACCUGUAGAUGUUUAAGGGAUUUGGCCCGGUACAUAGCGCUAAAAUCGUGUUCAUUGACGGGAAUAUUGGCUUUCGCGCACCUUCAAACACUUUUUUGGGGUUGCUUUUUGACAUUGUGUAGCCAAAUGAUUGGCGUACAAAGGCGUGAAAUCCGUUUUCGCGCGCAACAUCCGGUUGCGGAGUUAUGAGGGUAACAAAAUUCCAAAAAGUUUAAAUGCAUUCAGGUGUACCAAAAGUCUCGUUAUGGACCGAUCCCUUUCAAAUUUUGCGCGUAAAUGCACAUGACCAUGAAGAUCGUUUUGACACGAAU